AUGCAAGUGAAGCACUACAAGACGUUGAUGGCCUCGCAGCCGGCGUUUGCCCGGGUGCAGGCCAUCUGCUGGUCGCCAAACAGCAAACGUCUAGCGGUUGCCGACAACCACCGUGUUGUUAACCUGUACGACGAGUUUGGGGAGCGUCGCGACAAGUUUUCCACGAAGGCGGCGGAUAACUCGAAUGGAAAGUUGUUCGUGAUACACGGCAUGGUGUUUUCCCCGGACAGCAGCAGGAUUGCAGUGGCGCAGUCCGACGGCAUGGUGGCCAUUUACCGUAUUGGGCACGAAUGGGGGGAGAAGAAAGCCAUCUGCAGCAAAUUUCCACAGAGCAGUGCGGUCACGUGUGUGUGUUGGCCGAAAACCACGCAGGGGGUGGACCUUGUUGUUUUUGGAACGCUGGAGGGGAAGUUGAAGGUUGGAAUUCUGAAAUCAAACAAAUCUCAAUCUCUCUACACCCACGACCACGCCGUGGUGUCCGUGGCAAGCCACUUCGACGGGCACAAAGUCAUCUGUGGACAUUUGGAUGGCUCCGUUUACCAGUACACCUUUGAUUCGGAGGAGGCGAACGAGACGGCGGGCUCGAAGAAGAUCUUUCACCACUCCUGCGCCCCGUACAUCCUGCUGUGGGGAGAACAUAUUUGUGCGGCGGGGCAAAAUGGGCGGGUCACCUUCUACGACCGCAAUGGCCAGAAGUUGCAGAACAUUGACUACAAGGUGGAGGUGGAAGGGGAGUUCACUGUGGGAUGCUUUAACCCCAGUGGACAGACGAUUGCGCUGGCGUGCCGUGAGAAGUUCCGUCUUUUCGACUACAAUUUGCGUUCCCGUAAAUGGGAGGAGGGAACGGUUAUAAGUCUUCCCAAUUCCUGCACCUUUUCUGCCAUGGCGUGGAAGCAGGACGGAAGCCGCAUUGUGACAGGAACACUGACAGGCGCGGUGGACAUGUUUGACGCUUGCUUAAAACGAUACCGCCUUCGUGGUGCGUUUGAGUUUACAUACGUUAGUCCCAAUCAAGUCAUUGUGAAGCGACUGGCGACAGGAACCCGUAUUGUGCUUCGCUCGAAUAUGGGCUACGAGGUGCAGCGCGUCAACGUUUAUCAUGACCGUUACUUGGUGGCCUACACCUCCACGACGCUUCUUGUCGGUGAUCUCAUCUCGUGUAAGCUGUCGGAGGUGGAGUGGCACUUGUCGGGUCGUGAAAAGUUUGUGUUUGACAAUCCACAGGUUUGCAUGGUGUUUGCGGCCGGGGAACUGUGCCUGAUUGAGUACGGCAAGCAUGAGCUUCUUGGCACUUGUCGCACUGAGGAGCGUAACGCCCACCGCAUCUCUGUUCGCGUGUAUGAGCCUGGGGAGAAUAGCGCAGGAGGUAAGCAGCAGACGCGUAAGUUUAUUGCAUACCUUAUUGAUCGCCAAACCAUUCAAAUUGACGACCUCGGCAGCGGCAUCAGCGUCGCCCGCGUCGCUCACCAAAGCCGGAUUGACUGGCUAGAGCUGAAUUAUCGCGCCAACAAGUUGCUCUUUCGUGAUAAGCAGCAUCAACUGUAUCUCUACGAUGUGGAGGAGCAAACACGCACAACAUUGUUGAAUUACUGCACGUACAUGCAGUGGGUUCCAGGUAGCGACGUCGUUUUGGCACAGAACCGCGUUGAGCUGUGUGUGUGGUACAGCAUUGAUGCCCCUGACCGCGUCGCGGUUGUCCCCAUCAAGGGCGAAGUAGAAGGCAUUGAGCGGGGCAACGGUAAGACGGAGGUCAUUGUCGAUGAGGGCAUCAACACCGUCGCCUACGGCCUUGACGAGGCUCUUAUUGAGUUUGGCACCACCAUGAAAGAUCAUGACUACAACAGGGCAUGCGACCUGCUGGACCAGAUUGCACUGACUUCAGAGACAGAGGCAAUGUGGGCCAAUUUGGCGACGGUGGCACUGCAGGAGAUGAAGCUACAUAUUGCCCAACGCUGCUACGCGGCCCUGGGCGACGUCGCGAAGGUGAAUGCGUUGAACCAUAUUAAUGAACUUGCAGAGGCUGCAGCAAAGACCAAUGAGGGCCUCACGGAUGGCUAUGAACACUACACCGUACGGGCCGAACUUUUUAUGUUGAACAAGGAUUACAGACGGGCCGAGCAGGUUUUUCUUGAAAACGGUAAAACGGAGGAUGUGAUGGCCAUGUGGGAGGAAAUGAAUUGCUUUGAUGAAAGCAUCAACAUCGCCGAGGCACGUGGCUGGCCUGAUCUAGCAAGUAAGCGGGCUCAGUACUACAACUGGUUGAUGGAAACUGGCCAGUAUGAGAAGGCUGGGGAACAGAAGGAGCGGGAUGGCAAAUUUAUUGAUGCCAUUAAUUUGUAUUUACGAGGUGGUACUCCCUCACGGGCGGCAAAUGUCGUCUCGGCCAAUGACUUGAGACCUGAGCCACAACUGCUUGAGGCUAUUGCGGCGGCACUUUUCAAGGCUCAGGUGUUUGAAAAGGCUGGAGACUUCUUUGAUAAACUCAAGAUGGGCGAUCGCGCCAUUGAGGCGUACAAAAAGGGCAAUGUUUAUAGUCGUGCCGUGGAGUUUGCCAAGCGAACGCACCCGGAUCAGGUUGCAACACUGGAAGAGGCAUGGGGGGAUUAUCUUGUUGGUCAGAAACACGUGGAUCAGGCGAUUAAUCACUACAUUGAGGCAAACAAGUACAGCAAGGCGGUGAAGGCUGCCAUUGACUCACGCCAGUGGAGCAAAGCAACGCACAUUCUCGAGAGCCAGACUGUGGGCGCUGACAACGACGACACAGUGAAGGGUUUUUAUAAACAAAUUGCCCGUCACUACGAGGAGCUACAUCAGUACGGGGAUGCGGAGAAGUUCUACAUUAGGGCAGAUUCCGUCAAUGAGGCGGUGGAAAUGUACAGUCGUGCAGGCAUGUCGGAUCACAUGUAUCGUGUGGCUCAACGUCAUCUCUCGCAACAGCAGCUUGUUGCCCUCUUUGUUGAUCAAGCAAAGCAGCUUGAGACGAAGGGCGACUACUCUGGGGCAGAGCGUAUCUACCUAAAGGUGAAUGAACCAGACCAGGCAAUUGUCAUGUACAAAAAGACGCGUGACUAUACAAACAUGAUACGUCUCGUUCAGGCGUAUCGCUCAGACUAUGUACUCAGAACGCACCUUUCCCUGGCGGCCCAGUUUGAGAAGGAGAAUAAUUUCAAAAUGGCAGAAACGCACUACGUUUCUGGAAAAGACUGGGGACGGGCCGUUAAUAUGUACCGUGACCGCGAGUUGUGGGAAGAUGCUGUGCGGGUUGCGAAGGUGCAUGGCGGGGCGAAUGCGGCAAAGCAGGUGGUGCUUUCCUGCGCCAUGGUGGUAGAAGCCGAGGACGGUGUGCGGCUACUCAUGAAGUUUUCCCUUGUGGACGCUGGCAUUGAUGCCGCGCUAGAGGCGCAAAAGUUUGAUUUGGCGUUGCAGUGGUCGCAGCUUGCGCAACCUGCCAAGCUUCCUUACAUUUACCUUAAAUACGCCAUGUACUACGAGGAUCAAGGUGACUUCCGAAUGGCGGAAGAUGCCUUUCUAAGGUCCGGUAAACCACGUGAGGCGAUUGAUAUGUAUUUGCACCAACACGAGUUUGAAAACGCUAUGCGGGUUGCAGAGGGGCACGAUCAGACAGCUAUUUCCGCGGUGCUUCAGGCAAACGGGCGGGACCUUUUUCAGAAGGGCAAGUACCGUGAGGCAGAGGUCUUAUUUAUCCGUGCAGGCGCCCCAGAACCACUGCUAAAAAUGUACAUGGAUAGCCGUCUCUAUACAGAGGCCCAGCAGGUGGCAAAGGAACAUCAUCCGGAGAUGCUUGGCGAAAUUGCCAAGCGCAUUGCGCUUCAGUCGAACGACCCCAAGAAGGCGGGUGCGGUGCUGGAGGAGCACGGUGAGUAUCAGCUGGCGAUUGAGCAUUAUCUUGGCGCAACACCGGAGCAAGUGUCGGACCCUAACGUCUUGGCAAAUCUAUGGGUGCGGGCGGUGAAGGUGGCUCAGAAGCACGAUCGCAAUGCGUUGAAGGGAGUCCUACGCAUAGCCACGGAGAAGUUAAAGGAGGCUCAACGGUACGUUGAGGCGGGCAAAUGUCUUGAGGAUUGCGAGGACUACAAGGGUGCAAUCAACAUGUAUGUGCAGGGCAAGAAGUUUGACCUUGCGGAGUAUCUGGCAAAACGCAUUAGUCCUGAGUUGGAGGACUACGUGAAGCGAGCUAUUGUGCAGGACAGCAUUGAAAACGGUGGAAUGAAGGAUGCCAAGGUGGUGGAGGAGAUUGACCCUGAGUUCGCGCUCAAGACUUACAUCUCAAACAACGACUGGAAGAAUGCCACUCGUGUAGCGAAGCAGAUGACUUCGGAGGAGCUGAAGUACGUGGCAGGGUUACAAAUGAAGUACCACCUUAAUAAGGGAGAGUUAACACAAGCGCUUGAUGUGGUGGAGGAGUUGCCCCUUGACACUGGCGACUUCCGCUUCUAUGACACCUGGUUGGGCAUGGCGGAGCAACUUAUUCCCAUGCUGCCUGUGAAGGCCGAAAGCAACUUGAAGUUAGAUCGCUUCCACACGGGUCUCAUCAAUGUCUCAGAGAGCAUGGCAAAAUCGGGGCAAAAACCAGAGGAUAUCGAAAGGGCAAAUGCACUAGUGCAUAUCAUUCAUAUUUAUUAUACGGCCCCGCGCAUGCUGGAGCUCUCUUUGGGCGAAUAUGCGUUGAAGCUUCUACUUGGUCUCCCACGAUGGAUUCCGUACAUUGCACCGGAAAAGGCGUUCUUUGAUGCCGGCAUGGCCGCAAAGGUCGCUGGCUCAGACGCCAUCGCUUUCCUUUACCUAAACUGUUUUCUCGACAUCACGGAGAAGAUUGGGGAGGGUGCUACCGACAGCUCGACCCUCGAUAGCAGCAGCUUUGAUUGCACAGACUUUCCCAAGAAGUACAUCCUUCCGAAGUCGUCGAGUGUGGAUGCGUCUGCGGAGGAGGAAGUUAACAAAUGGGUCUUGACUGUUUCCAUUGAGAGCAACUUUGACCCGCACUUGCCCACGACGAUGGACCCGCAAAAUCAAGUGAAUAUGUUUGAGGGUGCGCUGCGGUCUCCGGCCGGAGAAGUCUUUCCUGAGUGCGCCGUGACCGGCUACCCCAUCAUUUCUGGGGGGCUUACGAAAUGUCGCAACUGUCAGCGCCCAGCGAACCCGGAGGACUGGAAUAGGUACAUUGUACUCGGCAAGCACUGCCCAUGGUGCGGCGUGGCGGAGUCGCCGAAUUUUUCGAUGUAG